AUGUCGACAACCCGAUACACCGUACCAAUCCCCGAAUCGACCCAAAUUUUGGAGACUCGAGAACAACUCAAUGACAUGGCAAUGCAAUACCCGCUGGGAACUGUGGACGAUAGGAACGGUGGUUACUAUCUCCUAGACCACGAUGCUACCGUAUUAGCUAUCGCGUCCGAUUCUCUAUGUGAGGAGUUGGAUGCCUCAAUGGAAGCAGCCAAACGGUACCACAGCAGCCACUCAGAGCCUGUGGAAGAGAGCGAAGACGUUGCACCUCAAAGCAUUGAGGAGGCAAGCCCUGGCCUGUCAAAGCGAUCUUGCUCCCACCCACGCUGCCACACACAUGCCCUCUGCCGGGCCUACAGCGAUUGCCACAUCCACGGCGAUACCCCUGUCUAG